UUCUUCUUGGUAGCUUCCGGUUGAGUGAAACGUGAAAUUGCCAUUACCGUAACUCACCAAGCUCUGUUAUUUCUUUCUUCCGAAGUUUAAUCAACACAACAAUGGCUGCCAAUUUCUGGACCUCAUCUCACUGCAAACUGCUUCUGGAUCCUGAAGUGGUGAAUGCUGUGCAUCCACUUGAUAAGGAGAGAGGCAUCACUCUUGAGGAUUGCAAGCUCAUCAAGCUCCAUAUGUCCAAUUACAUUGCAAGAUUGGCUCAAACUGUCACAUUAAGGCAAAGGGUUGUAGCUACUGCCAUUUCAUACAUGCGACGUGUUUAUGUCAGAAAAAGUAUGACAGAAUAUGAUCCUCGUCUGGUUGCGCCAGCCUGCUUAUACUUGGCAUCAAAAGCAGAAGAGAGCACAGUGCAGGCUAGACUACUUGUUUUUUACAUCAGGAAAUUAUGUAAACAAUUAAAUAUCCUAACAGCCAAUUUACACUUUUUCUCCCUUUCUACUCCUUAUAUGCUACUAACAUGUCAUUAUAUUUCUCCAGAUCCAGAUGAUAAGUAUAGGUAUGAAAUAAAAGACAUCCUAGAAAUGGAAAUGAAAGUUUUGGAAGCCCUGGAUUAUUACUUGGUUGUAUUCCAUCCAUACCGGUGCCUAUCACAGUUGCUUCAGGAUGCUGGCAUGAAUGAUGCAAUUCAACUGACUUGGGGAAUUGUGAACGAUACGUAUAAGAUGGAUCUAAUUCUUGUACACCCACCACACUUGAUAGCAUUAGCAUGCAUAUACAUUGCAAGUGUGUUGAAAGACAAGGAAAUCACUUCCUGGUUUGAGGAGCUUCAAGCUGACAUGAAUGUGGUAAAAAACAUAGCAAUGGAGAUAUUAGAUUUUUAUGAUAGCCACAAAAUGAUCACAGAUGAAAGGGUAACCGUGGCAAUGAGCAAGCUGGUUGGAAAAUAACAUGCGCCACAAUAAGUCGCUGGUCAGGUCAGGUCAGGUGGCUGGUCAAACGCUACACGUCUGAGACAAGAUGCAGUUGAAGAAUAAGGGCGCUCUGACUGUCAUGGGAUGGUGAACCUCUACAUCCUGCACGUCAAACAAGGACAAGAAGCAAGACAAUCUCCCCCUACUCCUGAGAGAUAUCGCGUAGAAAUAUAGCCUGGUAAGUUCAUCUUGUAAGAUGUACUGCAUUUUGUUUGGGAGGGAGAGAUGCAAUGAUGUUCCCAUUUGUAAUUUAUGAGAAUCUGGAAAACAAAAAAGAACAUUUUGAUCAAGUGGAUGGAACCUGCACCAAUAGGUGGUCCAACAUGAGAAACAAUCCAUUCCUGGAAUUGUGAUCUAACUGAAGCAUGUUGGGUUUAGUA